CCUAACCCUCCCCCCCACCCACCCCUUAAUUUCAUUAACUCACACCAUAAAAUCAAAUAUAAAAAAAAACAACAAUGAAAAUGGUCUCAAGUUCCAAACCCUAAAUCACUCACCUUCAUCAACAGCAGUACACAAUCAUCUCCCUCUUUCUGCUUCCUCAUAGGAGCUCAUGUUCAAGCAAUCAUGGCAGGCCUUGGAUGCUUCCUUUUGGACUUAGUAAAGGGUUAUUAGUGGGCCAUAUAAUUCUGCACAUCCUUAUGGCUCUAGCGAAUCUCAGAGGAUAUGUGCCUCUGUUUCCUAUUUCUGUGUUCCGAUAUCUUCACAUUGCUUUGUCAGAAUUGGGUUAGUAUGAAUUUGCAGGGCUAUUACAAUCUUCUGCAGUAUUUCAUUUGAUCCAUCAAAUAUGAGUACAAUGCGCCCUACAUGUGAAAUUGUGGAAUCAAGAGACGAAGUAGAUUCUCAGUCAAAAACGGACAAGAAAGGUGGAAAGCAUUGCAUGCUAAAAUCAGGAAAUAAAUAUUCCAUAGAGGAUGAUAUUAAUCAGCUUUUUCAGGCAAUUGACAGUAGAAAUUCAGCUAGGAUCUCAGGUCUGUCAAAUGAGGCUAGCAAAGACGCUUUGCGGAAGAGUGCUAUGAAAAGGCCAAUGAGAGUUAGUUCAUCAAAUGCAUCGGGUAUUGGAAUUUCAGAGCCUGUGAGUUUGAAGCAAGCAUUGAGAGGAUUAUGCAUCUCUCAGGCAUCAGAGAUGGCUGCCAUGAAGCGACUAUCGAGGCCAGGUCGUUCAUCUGGGGUGUCAGAAGCAGGAACUAUCAAAAGGUUGUACAGGGCAGUGGUAGACGAGGCCAAUGGGUCUGGCCUUCCUAUGAAUCAAGUUAAAGGGAAUUAUGUAGAGGUCUCCCUUGUACCAGAAGCAUCCAAAAAUUAUGAGAAGAAUCCUGGAUCCAUGCAAUCAGAGCCACAGGUUCAUCCUGCCACAACUUUGGCUGAUGCACUGAUGCCAGAUGCUAGCUUGACCAGAUUAGCACCACAAGAUCAAAUUUCUCCUUUUUCAACAGAAGUUAAAAGUGAGAAAUUGAAGGGAGAAGAUAGAAAACUGGAAUCCACAGAUUCUUCAUCUAACUUUCAUGAUAGCAAGAAAGUUAUGCGGAUGGGUGCGGUUGCUUCUACCUCAACUGAGGUUCCACUUAAUACUUCAAAUUCAGACAAGGGGCUGCACUCUGCUGCUUCUCCAUCCUGCUCUAGCACUGGCAGUAAGGUAAGCAAAUCCUCUGGCGGUAGUUCACAUUUAAUCAAGCCAGUCCUCGGGAGCAAAAGCUUUGUUAAGAAAAACGUCAAGCAGGAUUCAAGUUCUGGCUCCAGUAGUUCUGCAUCAGAUAAUCGGAAAGUUGAUAAUGAUUUAGGCCCUAGUACUAGUAAGUUAAAGGACCAGACACACAACUGUACCCCAAAGCAUGAAAGGGAAGGAAAUGAGAAAGAAUCUCUGGUGUCCAGCAGUACAAGUCUUAGCAAAGAAAUGAAUUCAGUUCUUGUUAAUAGAGGUACAAGCAAACCAGAUUUCCCUUCAAAUUGCAGUAAUAGAACUAAAUCUAUAGUGACGAAAGUCGAUGAGAGGUCAAGAUCAAGAGAAAAGGGGGAUUUCUCACAAAGCUCAAAAAGUAGCAUUGGUGACUAUAGCAGCACUACAAGCACUAGUGAGGAAAGCAGUCUAAGUGGGUCUGGUCGUAGCGGCAAGAGGCCUCACAUGUCAAGAGACUUGAGAUGGGAAGCCAUCCAUCAUGUUCAGAAGCAGCAUGGAACCUUAGGUCUGAGGCACUUUAAGUUGCUUAGGAGGAUUGGUUCUGGGGACAUUGGAACUGUUUAUCUUGCUGAGCUAACUGGAACAAAUUGCGUAUUUGCUUUGAAAGUGAUGGACAACGAGUUUUUGGUUACCAGGAAGAAAAUGAUUAGGGCUCAAACAGAAAGAGAGAUACUAGAAAUACUGGAUCAUCCGUUUCUCCCUACGUUAUAUGCCCAUUGUGUGUCAGAGAAGCUCUCAUGUUUGGUUAUGGAGUACUGUCCGGGUGGAGAUUUGCAUGUCCUGCGGCAAAAGCAACCCGGCAGGAGUUUCUGUGAACAAGCAGCCAGGUUUUAUGUCGCUGAAGUCCUCCUUGCCUUGGAGUAUCUACACAUGCUAGGAGUUGUGUAUCGAGACUUGAAACCAGAAAAUAUCCUGGUCCGAGAAGAUGGCCACAUCAUGCUCACAGAUUUUGACUUGUCACUUAGAUGUGCUGUCAAUCCAACGCUGCUUAAAUCAUCAUCUCCUGUUUUGGAGAGCACAAAAAAGAUGUCAAGCCCGUGCAUUGAAUCUAGCUGCAUUGAUCCUUUUUGCCUCCAACCAUCCUGGCAAGUCUCAUGCUUCACUCCCAGACUUCUAUCUGCUGCUGCAAAAUCUCGGAAAAUAAAAUCCGAGCUUGCUGCCCAGGUCAGCCCACUGCCACAGCUUGUAGUGGAGCCAACUAGUGCCCGAUCCAACUCCUUUGUCGGAACCCAUGAAUACCUUGCUCCGGAGAUCAUCAAAGGAGAAGGUCAUGGGAGUGCUGUUGAUUGGUGGACAUUUGGAAUCUUCUUGUUCGAGCUGUUAUAUGGUAGGACACCCUUCAAGGGGUCAGGAAAUGAGGACACAUUGGCCAACGUUGUGUCAAAAAGUCUCAAGUUCCCAAAUACCCCUAUAGUGAGUUUUCAUGCAAGAGAUCUGAUCAGAGGCCUGUUAAUAAAGGACCCUGAAAAUCGUUUAGGAUCAGUGAAAGGGGCUGCAGAGAUUAAGCAGCAUCCUUUCUUUGAAGGCCUUAACUGGGCAUUGAUUCGGUGUGCAGUACCGCCCGAGCUUCCCAGGUGGUGUGAUGUUGGAGUUGGUGCACCCUCUGCUUCACAGAAACAGGAGGGCAAGGAGUUGGAGGGUAUAGGAGAGCAUAUAGACUUUGAGCUGUUUUAGUUCAACUUUCAUAUGGGGAAGAAAGUUGAUCUUCUUUUUCCGAAAUUUCUCAUCGGUUCUUUUUUUAACUGAUAAUAUAGCUUAUAGUGUAAAUUAAAUGUAACUCAAAAAUACUGGUGGCUAGUUGUAGAGUAUGAUAUAUGGAUACUGAUACAGUAGCUGAGAGAAAUGGAAAUCGGAUUAGCAUUUUCCUUUUUUCUUUUUAUCCUAUCACUCGGGGUGUGCUCAUGUU